UAGUAGAUCUAAUGCUGUUUAAUGAGUUAUACGUAUUCCUAGGAGAAGUUCAUGAUCUUAUUUAACUCCAUAUGAGUCAAGUCUAGGUAUUCAAAAGGUACCGUAGCUACGUACGAGUCAGCCCAGCUUGACCAACGAACUCUCACGAAACGAGUGCUCUGAUUGGCCAUUUGGCUAUGUUUUGGUAGGUUGACCCGGAAAUAUUUUGGCCGCCGGGUCAUAUAGCCCUAUGUUCGAGUGAAUGAACGUACUGUUUCACAGUUGGGAGAUACAAAUUGGAUAAUUCAUAUAAUGUCAUCAUGUUUUCGUCAGUCAGCCAAUCAUUAUGGAAUCGAUCCGCUCAGCUCAUGGGUUGUGUUUGUAGAGGCUCAGCAGCAGUACAAUGGCAACAGUUAAGAACUGUAGUUGUAGUGCGUCGACUUUUCCCACCACCUGUGCCCAAACUUGGAGAGAAAUACACGAGGCAAAAGAAGAGCCACAAGGUUUACAUCAUAGAAGAGGAUACAACGCAUCGAGCAAGACAAAAGCUCAAACUUAUCCUCACAGAAGAUGUACCAAAGAUAGGUAACCGAGGAGAGGUAGUAAUGGUGGAUAAGAGGAUAGGCAGGAACAAACUGAUACCAUCUGGAGCUGCAGUAUAUGCUUCACCUGAAAAUAUCAAGGAAUUUGUGAUGACAAUACAGAAAGAGAAAGUGGAGUCAACAGAGGAAGGAAGACUCUCUCCCAUGGCAAUGAAGACUAUUAAGCAUCUGCAGAAGAACAUGUUGGAAGUGAGAAUGCAUGCAGAUUCUGAAUGGACUGAAGUAACCAAGGAUCAUGUGAUUCAUGCUUUCAAGCAAAGGCUUGGUGUAGUUGUGUCUGAACAUGCUCUGAAACUUCCAGAUGAAACAAUCACCACAUGUGGCACAUACCCAGUGGAAGUGACUAUCAAUGGCAUUGACACGGUCCCCAUGGAAAUGGAGGUAAUUAACUUCUUGCCUAAGAGGAGAGGAACACGAGAAAUAGCGGAGGAGGAAAGUUGAGAGGAUACAUGAUGUCAAAUUAUGAAGAAAAUAGGUUCUUUUUACAGUAAAAAGUAAUAGGUGAUCACCUCAGUAUGAUUUUAAUAAGCAGCAGAUUUGUUAUGUGCCCAACAGAACAUUGAAGUGACAUUCCUCAUAGUGAAUUAUCAGUUGCCUUAUACAGAUGGUUAAUUUGCAUGGGGAAUGAGGAAAGAGUAUACAGACCAUUCAAUGUGCAUUCACAUUUCAGAAUUAAGGCUUACAUACUACAUGUGAUCAUUUUAUUUGUAUUUGAGAAACUUGAGAGAUUGAGAUAUUAGAGAAAUGGGUGUAGUUCAUAGAACCAGGAAUUUAUUCUUCCCUCUCCCCCCCCCCCCCCCUCCCCAAAAUCAGAAACAUGAUGCAUUUAGAGAAUCAUUUGAUGUAAAUUAUGUUUGAUAAUUGAGGGGUUAAGUGCAAAUUAGUGCUAACCCUUAGUUUCUGAAAAUGAGUUAUUUACAUCAUGUAUCUUGCCCACCAUUCUAGUACCUGUAAAAUGUUCUAUCCAAGCAAAUAACUUAUCAAAUAAUGGAGGCUCAGGCAGCAUAUAAUCCUGCAUUGUGUUAUAACCCAAAACUUUGUUAUUUAUCUCAGAAUUAGAUGCUUUUUGCUUUAGCAAGAUCUUGCAUCGACCAUGCAAAAUUCCAAAUGGGAGUAGGAUUCAAAUUCACUCAAGGAGAGACAAAGGGCAAUUUUAGUCUAAAACAGCAGUUAGUCAAAUAAUAUGAGAUACUGUGCUCUACAUUGAAUAAAUGUUAUUAUACAAUU